CGCAGCAACCGGUGUUAACAUCUUUGGUCAUGGAUCACACAACACGAUGGUGGUGCCGGUUAUGUUUUAGGUUAAAGUCGUGUGAUUUAACAUAGUUUAGUGUUAUUAGUGUUGUGAAAAAUGGACAAUAGGAUUACGAUAUGUGAUCCGGACGAGGAAGAAGUUAAUAAUGAAAUAUUUGGAGACAUUGAGCCAUUCAGUUGGGGUAAUGACGAUAUCAACUGUGAUCUGGACGAUAUCAACACGCUCUUCCACAGAGUGGAUUCUGAUCAGAUUAUAUACGAGGAGAAAAAGAAGAAGUGUAAAUUAAUCGGCAAAUACGUUAUGGGUGAUCUCCUUGGUGAAGGCAGUUACGGAAAAGUUAAGGAAGUACUCGACUCGGAGACUCUUUGCAGGAGGGCCGUUAAGAUUUUAAAAAAGAAAAAACUUCGUAGAAUACCAAAUGGAGAAAUUAACGUACAAAGGGAAAUACAACUACUAAGGAUACUGAAACAUAAGAAUGUUAUUAAUCUUGUUGACGUUCUUUAUAACGAUGAAAAAGAGAAGAUGUACAUAGUUAUGGAGUUCUGUGUGGGUGGUUUGCAGGAUAUGUUGGAAAGUAUACCGCACAAAAAGAAGAAGUUUCCUAUUUGGCAGGCACAUGGAUAUUUCUGUCAGCUGUUGGAUGGAUUGGAAUAUCUCCACAGUAAGGGAAUCAUUCACAAAGAUAUAAAGCCAGGGAAUCUGUUAUUGACGCUCGAUGGUACCUUAAAAAUCAGCGAUUUCGGAGUCGCUGAGGCUUUAGACAUGUUCGCUAAAGAUGAUACGUGCACAACAGGUCAAGGAUCUCCUGCAUUUCAACCUCCUGAAAUAGCAAACGGCUACGAGACCUUUUCAGGAUUUAAAGUCGACAUAUGGAGCAGCGGCGUUACGUUAUAUAACUUAACAACGGGCGAAUACCCAUUUGAAGGAGAUAAUAUUUAUAAGCUGUAUGAGAAUAUCGGCAAAGGUGAAUAUACUAUACCAGACGAUGUCGAAGAUUCAUUGAAAUCUCUUUUGCAAGGGAUGUUACAAAAAGAAAUAGAUAAACGUUUCACAUUACAACAAAUUAUACAUCACCCAUGGACCAUAUGUAUACCCAUUAAGACACUAGAAGAAGUGCCUAUACCUCCUUUCAGAGGAGAUGAAUGGCAUACUAUGACCGUACUGCCAUAUUUAAUGGAACAUCAUUACGGAGUCGACAAUAACCCAACAUACUACACCGAGCACCAACUAAAUGAAGAAAGAAGGCUUCUAGAAGCUGAUCAGAUCAGCGAGGAUCAGAAGAAUGCAUGUGCAACCCAUCAAAGUAAACCUGCACAACACAGUAAGCGAAGAUGGCGAAACCCAAUUUCAUGUAUUAGCGUAAAGAAAUUCCCAUCGUGCAAGCCCUCGUGAUUUGCGAUCUCUUUAUAUUUGCUUGUUACGAAGUUUCUACUGACCAUGUCAGUUACGUGUUUUCUCUGUACCGGAGACGAUUGCAAACUCGAUAUUUCGAAACAGUGCUGAAUAUUACAAGGUAUAAAAGUCCCCGGGCGACUUGGUUAUACAUUUUUUGAGCUGGAAUGUUCAAAAGUAUCGAAUAUAAAAGCUUGUGAUAUUAACGUUAACUAGUAAUAGCGGUUAAUCUGUCGCAUUAUACCGAUCAAUGAUUAAGAAAAUUUACUCUAUCGUCAGUCGGUAUGCAGACAUAAUACAUGAUUUUAAUUCUUUUAAUUAAUUUAGAUGAAAAUCGCGGUUAAAGAGAAAGAGAGAGUUGUUGAAUCUUGUUAUACUGAUAAAAUAAUCGGACGACUGGAAUCUAUCUAUUAACGAAAAUUCCAAUGAAAUUAUUCCCUGCGCUUUUUAAGUAAUGAAAUUUUACAAAGACGAUUCUCCUCGUUCCUCCAAAUUUAUUUGAUAGUAUUCGGAAUUAGAAUCGAGGAUCUGAAACGUCAUGUCAUGAUACUAACCCCUACCGUUGCUUGUUUUAUUUUGUAUUUCGCAUUAAUCUUUGAUUAUAAAAAUUUGUAAGAUUUCCCCAGAAUCGUUACGGUACACCUCAGUAUUUUCUUGUAA